GGUGGCUCGGGCCGCCAUCAGGUGGAUGAGGAGGGAGCGCUGUGAGCCCUGCCCGUGACACAUUCCAGGGCCCCGGGCGGAGCCGGUGCCGGUGCCGGUGCCGGUGCCGGUACCGGAGCGGGAGGGGAGCGGGAGCGGCAGCGGCUGCGGGCCGCCCGCCGCGGCGCACGGAGCAUGCCUCUGAGCCCCGCGGGCAGCCAGCAUGAGAGCCCCGAGUCACCGCCAGCCGAGCCUCCAGCCGAGCGCCAGCCCCGAGCCGCCGGCAGCAGCGGCGAGCCGAGCCCCGGCCUGCGGGAGGAGCCGCGCCUGGAGCCGGCCCGGGGCCCCGCAGGGCCCCGCUCGCCCAAGCUGGCGGCCCCGGCCCGCAUGGAGGAGCCCGCGCCCGGCGCCAUCGUGGUGCGCAUCGGCAUCCCCGACCUGCAGCAGACGAAGUGUCUGCGGCUGAACCCCGACGUUCCGGUGUGGGUGUCCAAGCAGCGCGUGCUGUGCGCGCUCAGCCACAGCCUCUCGGACGUGCUCAACUACGGCCUCUUCCAGCCGCCCUUCAACGGCCGCGCCGGGAAAUUCCUGGAUGAGGAGCGGCUGCUGCGGGAAUAUCCCCUGGGAACGGGAAUGCCGGGACCCUACCUGGAGUUCCGCUACAAGCGCCGCGUUUACUCCCAGCCGCUGCUGGACGACAAACAGUUCGCCAAGCUGCACACCAAGGCGAAUCUGAAGAAAUUCAUGGAAUACGUGCAGAUGCUGAACUCGGAGAAGGUUUCCCGGCUGUUGGAGAAGGGGCUGGAUCCCAACUUCCACGAUCCCGACACCGGAGAGUGUCCGCUGACGGCGGCGGCGCAGCUGGAGCUCAGCUCCGAGAUGAUCAAAGCGCUACGGAACGGCGGAGCCCACCUGGAUUUCCGCACCCGCGAGGGAAUGACGGCGCUGCACAAAGCCGUGAGGUGCCGGAACCACGCGGCGCUGCUGACUCUGCUGGACCUGGGGGCGUCCCCGGAUUACCGGGACAGCCGGGGGCUGACCCCGCUCUACCACAGCGCCCUGGUGGGAGGAGACCCCUACUGCUGCGAGCUGCUGCUGCACGAGAGAGCGCGCCUGGGCUGCCUGGACGAGAACGGCUGGCAGGAGAUCCACCAGGCGUGUCGCUAUGGACACGUGCAGCACCUGGAGCAUCUCCUGUUCUACGGGGCCGACAUGGCAGCGCAGAACGCCUCGGGAAACACCGCCCUGCACCUCUGCGCCCUCUACAACCAGGAAAGCUGUGCCCGGGUUCUCCUCUUCCGAGGAGCCAGCAAGGAAAUCCGGAAUUACAACAGCCAGACGGCGUUCCAGGUGGCCAUCAUCGCAGGGAAUUUCGAGCUGGCGGAAAUCAUCAAAACCCACAAAGAAUCCGAUGUCGUGCCUUUCCGAGAAACUCCCAGCUACACCAAGCGCCGCCGGCUGCUCCUGCCGGGCGGCCUGGCCUCCCCGCGCCUCCUUCAGCGCUCGGCCAGCGACAACAACCUGAAGGCCGAGCCUCGUCCGGCGCAUUCCCCGGUGCCCUCGCUCCGCAGCCUCCCGCCCCAGCUCCUGCUCCAGAUGCGGGAAGCGGCGGCGGGAAUUCCGGCCGGAGACGGGAUGGGAUCCGGGAGCGCCUCCCGGGGGGCUCAGAGCCGCUCGCCGUCGCUGCAGAGGGUCCGGGAGGAGAGAGAGGGAGAGACGGCGACGAGGAGAGGAGGGAGAGGGAAAGUCAGCCCCGGUGGCCCCGCCGGGCCCCCCCCCGGCGGCCCCGGUGCGGAGCCCGCGCCCCGCGCCGCUCCCGCUCCGCUGCGCGGGCCCAAGCGGAAGCUUUACAGCGCCGUGCCCGGCCGCAAGUUCAUCGUGGUGAAGAGCUACGCGCCGCAGGGCGAGGGAGAGAUCCAGCUCAACCGGGGAGAGGCCGUCAAGGUGCUGAGCAUCGGCGAGGGCGGAUUCUGGGAAGGCUCCGUGAAGGGCAGGAGCGGUUGGUUCCCGGCGGAAUGCGUGGAGGAGGUGCAGAUGCGCCAGUACGACUCCAGGCAAGAAACCAGGGAAGACCGGACCAAGCGGCUUUUCCGGCACUACACCGUCGGAUCCUACGACAACUUCACCUCCCACAGCGACUACAUCAUCGAGGAGAAGGCGGCCGUGCUGCAGAAACGCGAGCAUGAGGGCUUCGGCUUCGUCCUCCGCGGGGCCAAAGCCGAGACCCCGAUCGAGGAGUUCACGCCCACGCCGGCGUUCCCGGCGCUGCAGUACCUGGAAUCCGUGGAUGUGGAAGGAGUCGCCUGGAGAGCGGGAUUGCGCACGGGGGACUUCCUGAUCGAGGUGAACGGGGUGAACGUGGUGAAGGUGGGGCACAAGCAGGUGGUGGCGCUGAUCCGGCAGGGCGGGAAUCGCCUCCUGAUGAAAGUCGUCUCCGUCAGCCGCAAGCCCGAGGCCGAGGAAGGAUCCCGAAAAAAGGCUCCGCCGCCGCCCAAGAGAGCCCCCAGCACGACCCUCACGCUGCGCUCCAAAUCCAUGACGGCCGAGCUGGAGGAGCUGGCCUCCAUGAGGAGAAGGAAAGGGGAGAAGCUGGAUGAGAUCCUGGCGGCGGCGGAGCCGGCGCUGCGGGCGGAGCUGGUGGAGGCCGAUUCCAGAGCGGCCACGGUGAAACAGCGCCCGACGAGCCGCAGGAUCACCCCGGCCGAGAUCAGUUCCCUGUUUGAGCGGCAGGGAAUGGCGCAUCCCGGGGUCCUGGCGGGAACGGAGAAGCCCCACGUGUCCCUCCGGAAGGGAAUUCCACGGACCAAGUCUGUCGGGGAAGACGAGAAGCUGGCCGCCUCCUUGCUGGACGGGAAAUUCCCGCGGAGCACUUCCAUGACGGACACGGUCCGGGAAGGCCACGGCAUCCCCCCUCCCCCGCAGACCGCCCCUCCCCCGCCCCCCUCCCCCUAUUAUUUCGACACCGGACCCCCUCCCUCCUUCUCGCCGCCGCCGCCGCCGGGCCGGGCUUACGACACCGUCCGCUCCAGCUUCAAGCCGGGCUUGGAAGCCAAACUCCACGGGCUGCCGCACCUGGCGGCCGAGGUGUACGAGCGCGGCUCGGUGCCCUACCCCGAGCGGCAGAAGAGGGCCCGCUCCAUGAUCAUCCUCCAGGAUUCCUCCCACCUCCCCGUGGAACCCACCGAGAUCCCCCGGCCCGGCCCGGCGGCGACGCCGCCGGAGAAGCUGAAGAGGAAAGGCCGGGUGAUCGAUAAUCCCUACGCCAACAUGGGCCAGUUCAACGUCAGCCUCUUCGCCCCCACCAAGCCGCAGAGGAAGAAGAGUCCCCUGGUGAAGCAGCUCCAGGUGGAGGACGCCCAGGAACGGGCGGCCUUGGCCAUCACCGGCGGCUACUCCUCCCGGGAGCCGUCGCCCACGCGCCGGAGCCACCGCCUGGAAUACCAGCACCACCCCGGCAUCGCUCAGGUGGAAGCCGCCGGCCUCCCCUUCGCCACCGCCAUCGCCGCCGGCGUCAUGAAGGACCGGGACCGGCGGCUGGACGAGAGGAGGAAAUCCACGGUGUUCCUGUCGGUGGGAGCCAUCGAGGGGCCGGCGCCGGGCGGCGGCGGCGGAGGCGGUGGCGAGAUGCCGUCGCUGCAGCAGUCGCGCUCCAUCGACGAGCGGCUCCUGGGCAGCCGGGACGUCCUCCUGCCGUCGCCCGUGUCAGCUUUAAAGCCAUUAAUCGGCGGCUCCUCCUCGACCUUCAUCCACCCCCUGACGGGAAAGCCCCUGGAUCCCAACUCGCCCCUGGCGCUGGCGCUGGCCGCAAGGGAACGGGCGCUGUCCUCUCAAGUCCCGUCCCGGUCGCCCACCCCGAUCCACAGCCCCGACUCGGACAGAGCCGCGCCCCUCUUUGUGGACAUCCAAACCAAAGAGCCGGACAGGGUGGACUUGGAGGCCUUGGUGUCCCCCGCCUACUCCCCCGGAGGGAAGGCGGUGAUGGCGACCGACGCCGGCGCUCUGACCCCCACCAAGAGCCCCUGGGGGACUCCGGCCACCCUGCGGAAGGAGCCCGAGGUGCGCGCGGAGCCGCCGGGCAAGGAGGAGAAGAAACCCGAGGACAAGAAGUCCAUGAUCAUCAGCAUCGUGGACACGUCGCAGCAGAAGACCGCCGGCCUCAUCAUGGUCCACGCCACCAGUAACGGUCAAGACGAGAUCGGCCUGGAGAUCAAAGAGGAGAGCCCGGCCGCGGCCGAGGUCUGCGCCGAGCCGGUCGAGUCGCCCAAGGCCGAGCCCCAGCCCAGCCCCGUGGGGAAGCCGCCGGUCAGCCCGGCCUCGGAGAAGGCGCUGGGCCAGGGCAGCUCGGAGGAGGAGGUGGAACCCUACACGGUGACCCUCCCUCCGGCCCAGCUGUCCUCCAGCGACGAGGAGACCCGCGAGGAGCUGGCCAAGAUCGGGUUGGUGCCGCCCCCGGACGAAUUCGCCAACGGGGUGCUGGUGACCGCCCCCGGCACCCCCGUGAGCCACCUGGCCGCGCCCGGCGCGCCGUCCUUGCCGGCGGCGGCAGUAGCACCUUCUCCCCCCGGCGCGACACCCUCAGGGAAGCCCUCGGACGCCCCCGCGGCCCCGGAGUCGGCGGCGGACUCGGGAGUGGAAGAGGUGGACACCAGGAGCUCCAGCGACCACCACCUGGAGACCACGAGCACCAUCUCCACGGUCUCCAGCAUGUCCACGCUGUCCUCGGAGAGCGGCGAGCCCACCGACACCUACACGUCCUUCGCCGACGGCCAAACUUUUCUACUCGAGAAGCCACCAGUGCCUCCAAAGCCCAAACUCAAGUCCCAGCUCAGCAAGGGGCCGGUUACUUUCAGGGACCCACUUUUGAAGCAGUCUUCGGACAGCGAGCUCAUCUCCCAGCACCACGCGGCCACGCUGGCGGCCACCAGCGCGGCCCGGCCACGCUACCUCUUUCAGAGAAGGUCCAAGCUAUGGGGGGACCCCAUGGAGAGCAGGCCCGGCCACGGGGCCGAAGAGGACAAACCGACUGUGAUCAGCGAGCUGAGCUCCCGCCUGCAGCAGCUCAACAAGGACACGCGCUCCUUGGGCGAGGAACCGGCCGGCUCCGCCCUGGAUCCCGGCAAGAAGUCGCCGGUGGUGGCCGCACGCCGGGCGUCCACGGAAGGACCUUUGAGCCGAGGGACUGGGAAAGAGCCCAAGGAAUUCUGAGCUGGGAACGUCAGGUCCCGGUUCGGGCCGGUGGCGAUCCCAGGGACACCGGGAUGGUGACAAUGCCAAGGGGGACAAUUCCCUUCAUCCGCGGUGGCCCUCGGUGGCCGCGCCCAGGAGCGGCUUCCUCGUGUUUCACCCAAAUCCCUGGAAUUUUCGAGGUUGGAAAACCCCUCUGGUCCCACCGAGUCCAACUGUUCCCAGCGCUGCCCCGUGUCCCCGUCCGCGCGGCUUUUCAUCCCGCCGGGAAUGGGGCGUCCCCUUCCCACUCUUCCUCAGCUUUUCGGGAAGGAAUUUUCCCAGAAUCCAGCUUCACCUCCGGGUGAUUCCCUCUCAUUCCCUGGGAGCAGAGCCCACCCUGCCCCGGCUGGAAUUCCUGACGGGGAUUCCUGGAGGAGCGGCGGCGGCGGGAUCCUGGGAAAAUCCGGGAUCCUGGGAAAGGCCGCCGAGCCGCGGGAUGUGCCGGGAGCCACGCGCGAGGCCGAGCGCGUCGCGGGUGUGACAUCCGUGUCCCCAAUAAAGCUGACGGUGA